AUAAAUGUUCUUUAUGGUCACAUGAUGUGUCCUAGGAAACAGUAUAAAUGGAGCUCCCAGGUGAAAUCCAGAACACACGUCCUCUGACUGGUGUGUUUUGGAUCUGAAUGAUGGUGUUCUUAAUGACGUCCUCAGGGGCUCCGCUGCUGCUCCUGUUCAUACAGGUCACCACUGGUCAUAGCUCAGAUGCCCUGAUUAGAUUGGUCAAUGGUCCUAACUCCUGCUCUGGGAGAGUGGAGGUCUACCACAGCGGUCACUGGGGUACGGUGUGUGACGACUCGUGGGACUUGAGUGACGCCCAGGUGGUGUGUAGACAGCUGGGCUGUGGAAGAGCUCUGUCUGCACCACACCAAGCCCACUUCGGACAGGGGAACGGGACAAUCUGGCUGGAUGACGUUCUCUGUUCUGGAGGGGAGUCUUCUCUCACGCAGUGUGGCCACCUAGGGUUUGGGUCACACAACUGUAAUCAUGGUGAAGAUGCGGGUGUUGUCUGUUCAGCUUCAGCAGGUGGCAGCAACACCACAGCAGCACCACCAAUCUACUGGAACACUACAACAGAGACACGAGGACCAAUCUACCCAACAACCCCAUCGGUAGUUAACUCCACGCCAGGGUGGCAAGGGGCUAGGUCACAGUGGGUGGAGGUGGAACCAGAAGUGAUAUCAUAUCCUGGCCAGACGGUUAACCUGCGGUGUGCCUUCAUAGGAACGCAGGUCAUACAGCUCACACAGGUGUCCUGGAUUUUUGAGUCCAGGAAGGGCGAGAUGCUCAACAUAGCCGUGUACCACCCCAAUUUUGGGGUAAUGUACCCCACGUCACCCCUGAAGGGACGAGUUAGCUUCCCCACGCCCUCCCUCAGCAACCCUUCAAUCCAGAUCUCUGACGUCAAGAUGACUGAUGAAGGGAGAUACAUCUGUAAAUACGCCACCUACCCCAGCGGCAAUGAACAGGGCAUCACCUCCCUCGUUAUACUAGCUCUGUCAACAUCACCACCAUUCUACUGGAACACCACAACAGAAACAGCAGGACCAACCAACCAAUCAACCACACUGGCUGGUAACACCACAACAGUUACACCAGUGACAGCGUGGCAAGAUGCCCCGAUCAGAUUGAUCAACGGUCCUAACUCCUGCUCUGGGAGAGUGGAGGUCUACCACAGUGGUAGCUGGGGGACAGUGUGUGAUGACUCGUGGGACUUGAGUGACGCACAGGUGGUUUGUAGACAGCUGGGCUGUGGGAGAGCUCUGUCUGCACCACACCAAGCCCAAUUUGGACAGGGGAACGGGACAAUAUGGAUGGAUAAUGUUGGAUGUACAGGCAGCGAAUCUAAUCUCACAAGGUGCAGUCACAAUGGGUUUGGGAGACACAACUGUAAUCAUGGUGAAGACGCUGGUGUCGUCUGUUCGGACUCAGAGCGUCCUUCCAACUCAGGCCCAGAGCUGGUGUGUGGUCGGCGCCUCCUAAAGGUGGGUCUCAGCCGGUCUGCUCUGGAGACUGCAGGUCUGAACGCGUUCUCUGCUCACCUGGCCGACCUCGGCUGCUCCUCCCACCAGGAAGCUAACGGCACAGUGUGGUACCAGGUGGAGCGCAGGGAGGGACGCUGUGGAAACACACUGACGACCAACAGCAGCCAUGCCAUCUACUCCAACAGUUUAUUAAUCUACCAGGUGCACAAUGUCUCCUUCACCCGACCCGUGAGCAUACCUUUCUCCUGUGCCUAUCCGCUAGACACAGAGAGCAGCCUAGAUGUGGCCGUCGUACCCUACCUGCCGGUGGAAGGUGGAGUUUCAGGUAUUGGCUCCGAGGCAUCAGCCUCCAUGUCUCUGUACCACAACUCCAACUACACAGAGCCUUACCCAGCGGGUCAGAGAGUCACUCUGCCACUGGGCUCUGCUCUGCAUGUGGGUGUGUCCGUCAACGAGACGGAGACGGAGCGAUUUGUGGUUGUCCUGGACAACUGCUACGCCACUCACUCCCCCAACCCUGAUGACCCUAUGAGAUAUUUCAUCAUUCAGAACAAAUGUCCUAGUGAUCGUACCCAGGUGAGGGUGGAGGAGAGUGGCUCAUCACUCGAGGCUCGCUUCUCUGCGCUGCUGUUUGUGUUCCAGAGGGACUACCAGGACGUCUUCCUGCACUGCAGACUCAGCCUGUGUGACCAGAGGAGCUCCUCCUGCACUCCAUUGUGUUCCAGACGAAGGAGAUCCCGUUCCAUCUCCAGUUCCGUUCCCCUUAAUCCCGUCACCAUCGGUCCAAUCAGCUGGACUUGGAGUCUGGACUGAGCCUUGGGAGGUACUGCAGUGAGCCGUAUCUGAUUCAUUGUCCUUAUACUAUUAAAUGUACUUUUUCACAUAUCUCUCUGGUUGUGUUUUGUGACUAUUGUAUAUUGUCUUUGUGUUUCAUUGUUGCAGUAAGUAUCCAUACCCAGACAUUCAGCUGUCUUAGAUGUGUUUACCUUUUUCUGCAGCCUUAAAGGCCCAGUGCAGUCAAAUUUCAGUUGUUCCUAAUUUUUGUAUCAUAUUAUACAACAGCUCAUAAAACUAACACUGUUAAAGUAUGAAAAAAUUGUAUCACUGUUAUUUCCUGAUAGUUGGUGGUUGAAAAAACAAUCUACACAGGACCUUCUAAUCAGCAGGUUUGCAUUUGUGGGAGUUUCGGCUUUCCAUGGUGACAUCACCAUGCGGAAAAUUUUGUUAAUAGACCAAUAACAAAGAGAAUUCCAAACCUCUCUGUCAAUAAGUUCGUUUUCAGUUUUCCCAUCUCUACUCAGACCACUCCCAGACAGUCCUAGCAAAAUUCUUGCUUGAGAAAUAGUUUUUUGCUUAAAAGCUAUUUUUGCCCAUUUGAAUGGAAGGCUAUUAUAGUAAGUUGCUUAAUUGUUACCUAGAAAUGAUUUGAUAUUGAUAUAAAAAACGGCUGCAUUGGUACUUUAAAACCACAGCCUUACAUUUUUUAGAUUAUUGCUUUGAAGCUGUUUUUUAAAUGUAUUUGAUGGUGAUUUUAUAGAUGUGUAUCCUUCCAUUAUUUGUGUGAUAUAUUGAUUCUUAUAAACUGGGUGAUUCAAGCCCUGAAUGCUGAUUGGCUGAAAGGCGUAGUCUGUCAGAAAGUAAACCACGGGUAUGAAAACAUUACAUUUAACUCUUCUAAUUACGUUGGUAACCAGUUUAUAAUAGCAAUAAGACACCCUGAGGGUGUGUGGUACAUGGCCAAUAUACCACGGCUAAGGGCUGUAUCCAGACACUCCCUGUUGUAUCGUGCAUAAGAACAGCCCUUAGCCGUGGUAUAUUGGCCGUAUACCAAACCCCCUCGGGCCUUAAUGCUUAAUUAAUUACAGUCUCUUUGCUUUUGAUGGUGAGUAAAUGUUUUGAUUUUAUUUCUUGUUUAUUUUUUGACUUAAAGCAAUAAUUGUUAAAAGUUCAAUUAUUUGAACCUUCAUUUUGAACCAGAUUAUUGACUUUGAUUUUGAGUGAACGUUGAAAAACAUUCUGUAAAACUGACUUAAGACAAAUAAAAUAACAUAAUAAUCUUAAAAUCACUGGCCAUUGCACCUGUGGCUGUUGAGAACUGAAAUUGAAGGGGAGAAUGUAAUUAAAGCUUGUGUGUAAUUGGGGGCACAGCUAAUAAAUGUGGUUAAAUAAUAAUGUAUUUUUGUUGUGUAAUCUGAGUAAUUGGUUUAGGUUGAUUAAAAAUGUAGAUGUAUUUAAUUUU